AUGAAGAUAAGGCAUGCAGGCCUAUCUCUGAUCGGCUGCCUCCUCCUUUGUGCCCAAGCAGUCAAGAGGCCUUCUGUCGGCACACCAUUUACGGCCCCCGCCGGAGAUCACUAUCGCACGGUGCUGUCACUCUUGGAGACACAUUCAGCUCUCUCCAGCGAGGAGAGGAACGAGAUUCAUGAACUACUCACAGGAGUCUCUGCCCAAACUGUCUCAGACGUGAGGCACUUUGACCGCUACCUCCGCUCUUUUGCGGCUGCCCUGGUGUCAUUGUCGGAGAAGGCUGGAGGACCUCAUUUGCAAAGUGCAUUGACGAAAAUUAUGGGUGUUAUUGAGAAAACUCUCAAGCCCGGAAUCUUGGAUCAGCACGUGGCCGCGCAGAAGGCAAUCACUCGUGCCGAUGAGGGUGUCCAGGAAUGUUACAACGCACUUUGGCGUGGACUGAAUGCCUCCAAUGCUGUCCGUGAUUCCUUAGUCAACAAGAGCAAGGCUAUCAAGUCUUGCUACCGCUUUGCAGCAGCAGCAUCUGACAAUGUUUCGGCGGCACUAAUCAGUCUUCCCAGGCUGUUGACGGCUCGGUCAGCCGAUUGUGAGAAAUUGCUGGCUGCAUCUGAUGUUUCCCAAGCUCCUCUUCAAGAUUGGGCAACACGUUGUGAUCAUCAUGACAGCCCAAGCGUGGGCACCUAUUUGAUGAAGCAGCUAAUGCACUGGGAGGAGCUUCUUCAGCAGUAUGACGACAUUGAGAAGCGCUGCAAGGAGUCAACAGCAAGCUAUGAGACGCAGGUGACAAGGUACAAUUCAAUGAAGAGUCACCAGCAAGAUGGAAGAGACUGCACAUCUCUUCAGGAUGACAUGGACGCUGCAGCAUGCAAACAGGCGCUUGAUCGGAUCGACUCAUGCGGGACCUAUGGCAGCUGCAUCAAGGAUAGCAUUUCUGACCGGGCGUCCCUUCAUGCGUCGCAGUGCAAGAUUGAAGUGAGCUUGAAGGCCCAGUGGUUUGCCCUGGAGUCAAUCAAGUGCUUUCUGGAAGCAUAUAAAGACCAUGAAGGAUCUGAGGACGGCUGCAAGUUUAUCAGAUGCAUGGAUGGCAAAACAUUCGCUUUUGCUUCAGGACUUGUCUUCGAGAUUUGCCACUUGCAAAUCUCGCAGUCCCGAGAGCUACAAGCUUGA